AUGGCUGUCACUGGCAAACACCUACAACCAGAGGUCAUUUCAGGUAGCAGUAAAACAUGUAAUUUUGAAUUCACUAUGUCUCAAUUUCUACAUUUUCAUCAUAACCAAACUAAUGCAAAUCCCAAAGGAUACCUACGAGACAUGACUGUGGUUAUGUGGCUAGACCCUCAACUAACAGCGGCCUAUGAUAUGGCUCUAAUUGGCAUUGUCCAAUGGGCUGCUCAAGUGUCUCAAGGCAAUGCCGAUCUCAGCUUGUUGACUAUGGCUGUUGAGAGGGAUAAUGAUACUACCGUAUCAAUGUACGAAAUUGGGUAG